AUGGCCACCCGGUUCCGCCGGCUCCUUCAGCGUGCACCGGUGCCACACCGACACUCGUCCCCUCAGAGCGUCCCCUCGAAAAACCCCCAGCCCCACCUUCCUCACUUCCGGCCCAAAGAGGGCGGGGACCCAGACGCCAAGUUCCCGGCCCUACUGAGCUGUGUUGCAUCAACAUUCUUCCCCAACCUGUUAACGCUGGGUUCCGGUCUAGGGUUCUGGCUUUCCUCCUGGGCCCGUGAACGCGGCGAAGUUCUCGGCUUUCUAAUCUCCAGAGCCGCAGUUCCAUCCCCUGGGUCAGCGGCUUACCUUGACUGGGCUGCAGUAUCUGCCCUCCUUCCCCCAACAAGGCGACAGGUAGUCGGGGCUGGGACCGGACUGAGUGGGCCGCGGCUCCCGCCUGAGGUGGCUUGGAAGGACGCGACAGCAGCCGAUUUCCCAGUCUCUAAAAAUCGUGCCUCUGAAUUACAGCUAACUCAAAAGCGAGACCAGGCAUUAGAAAUGGAGUCUUUUGGCCAGUAUUGGGUGUUCGGAAUUCAAGCGUAUGAAAGAGUGGACGGCCAUCAUUGCUAUGCCCUCUUCACUCUUGUCUUCAGCUGUCUUUGAGUCCAAAGCCUCACAG